CCGCUUCCGCCGCGGGAGGAGACUGGUUCAGGACAGAGGACUAAGCGCAUGGACUGGAAAUUGGAAGGGAGUGCUCAGAAGACAGAGUCACGGGUGCUGCAGGAGCUCGAGAUCACCCUAGACGACCCAGGUGAAGAUGGCGUCUCUGAGAGCUUCCAGCUUCUACAGAUUGAUGUGGGGUGUGAGCAUUGGGGGCAAGAGACCCUGCCCACAGGCAGUGUGGCUUGGUGCUCGAAAAAUGUCCAAAGAAAGCAGAGACACUGGGAAAAGAUAGUUGCGGCAAAGAAGAGUAAAAGAAAACAAGAAAAAGAAAGACGAAAAGCCAACCGUGUAGAAAAUUCAGGCAUCUACCCCCAGCACAGCAAACGUUUUCUGAGAUCCCUAAUCAAGGAAAGACUUUUGGAAGCCAAGCACUCAGGCCCAAGACUCUGUAUCGAUUUGAGUAUGACUAACCACAUGUCUAAGAAGGAAUUAAGUAGACUGGCUGGACAGAUCCGAAGGUUGUAUGGUUCCAAUAAGAAAGCUGACAGGCCAUUUUGGAUCUACCUCACUGGGUUCACCACAGACAGCCCCCUCUAUGAAGAGUGUUUGAGGAUGAAUGAUGGAUUUUCCAGUUAUCUGCUAGACAGAACAGAAGAAGACUGCUUUAGUUUAUUUCCUCUGGAAACCCUUGUGUACCUGACUCCUGACUCAGAACAUGCUCUUGAAAAUGUUGAUCUAAACAAAGUUUACAUCCUUGGUGGACUUGUGGAUGAAAGCAUUCAGAAGAAGGUGACAUUUCAGAAGGCCCAAGAACACUCUGUUAAGACUGCCCGCUUGCCAAUCCAGGAAUAUAUGGUCAAAUGCCAGAAUGGGAAGAACUAUCAUUCAAAGAUACUGACCAUCAAUCAAGUGUUUGAUAUCCUAUCUACUUACUUUGAGACUCAAAACUGGCCUGAAGCAUUGAAGAAAGGAGUUUCUUCCAGAAAAGGCUAUGUUCUUCAGAACUCAGUGGAAUGAUGGAGAGCCUAAGGAGGCAGCUGCAGGAGGUGAAGUUGCUGGAGUUGUCUUGACCAAAGAGCAGAGCAGAGAAUGGUGGUGGUACUCAUUUGCCUUUACUUGACAUCUUGGCUCUUCACUUGGAUGAAGAGGAACCACAUUUUAUGCUCUUUUGUAUCUCCCAUAGUGCCUGUCUCACAGGAAGUGCCCAGAUAUAUGUUGACUAACUAGAAAAUUUACCUAACAAUGAAUUAGCCCUAAGACUACAUGGCUUUGGAUGUGUUAAUUCAUCUUCUGUACAUCUGUUUGUGAAAUAGCUACUCGUAAGAGUAGCUUAAAUAAUCAAGUAAGAAUUGUUC